GACGCUUCCUCGGCCGCUGGCAUGCGGCAACGCAAGCCGCACAACGCCGCCUCCAGUGGUGAGGCCGCCGCCGCAGACGCCGUGGCCGACGCGUUCGUGGCCGCCACGCACGACAACGCGCAGGCCAAAAAGAAGUUCCAGCAGGCCGCGCGCUCGCUCGGCCGCACGCAGAGCUGGCACGCGCGGGCCGCCAACCACCUGGCCAAGAAGCGCAUCUACUCCAUCCUGGCCGGUGUCGUCAUCGGCGUCGUGGCCGUCAUCGGCUUCCAGAGCUACUACCUGGAGAAGCCGCUCAUCAGCGAGGACUCGCUGCUCAAGGUGCGGGAGAUGUUCGACAACUUCAACUGGUCCGUGAACGUCCGAGAGGAGCUCCUGGCGGCCUUCGACAACCGCCCUGCUCUUCUCGGGGCGGCCGAGAAGCGGCCGGGCCUGCAGUUGUUCCAGAAAGAGAACGUCACGGCCUACUCGCCCGUGGUGCUCGUGCCCGGCUUCACGUCCACGGGCCUCGAGAUCUGGAACGGCAGCGAGUGCAGCAAGGCCUACUUCCGCCAACGCAUGUGGGGCACGUCCAGGAUGCUGCAGCAGUUCAUGAUGAACCAGAAGUGCUGGCUCGAGCACAUGAUGCUGAACCGCACGUCCGGGAUGGACCCGGACGGGAUCAAGCUGCGGGCGGCCAAAGGCCUGGAGGCGGCCGACUACUUGAUCGGCGGCUUCUGGGUCUGGGGCAAGAUGGUCGAGAACCUGGCCGAGAUCGGCUACGACAGCAACAACCUCUACAUGGCCGCGUACGACUGGAGGCUCAUGCCGCAUCUGCUGGAGGUGCGCGACGGGUACUUCACCAAGCUCAAGUACACGAUCGAGAUGGCGAAGAUGUCGGCCGGAGGCCGCAAGGUCAUGCUGGUGACGCACUCGUACGCCACGCAGGUCUUCUUCCACUUCCUCAAGUGGGUUGAGAGCGAGAACGGCGGCAAGGGAGGCGACCAGUGGGUGGAGAACAACGUCGAGGCGUUUGUGAACAUUGCCGGACCGACGCUGGGAGCAGUGAAGACGAUCAGUGCGUUGAUGUCGGGCGAGAUGAAGGACACGGCGGAGUUGGGCGGACUUUCCAAGUUCUUGGGAUACUUCUUCAGCGUGUCGGCGCGCACGCAGUUGGCGCGGUCGUGGUCGAGUGUGUUCUCGAUGCUGCCGAUUGGCGGUGACCGCAUUUGGGGCACUGCGGAGUCGGCUCCUGAUGAUGUGGUCGCUGCCUCGCCCCUCUCGACGGGUGAAAACUCUACGGUGGACCCAAAGAAGGUGAAGGAGCACGUCGAGCGCUUCGGCUCGAACGGCCAAAUUCUGCGUUUUGUCAACAAUACGCAUGAGAAUAUCACCGCUGGAGGUGUGCAGAAGCUGCUAUCAGAGCUGGACCCGUACCUGGAGACCUUUAGAUCAUCGUUGAGCACUGGCAUUGCUGAAGAUCCGUCGCUGCCCGAGUACGACCAGUCCAAGUACUGGACGAACCCACUUGAAGCCGCUCUCCCUAAGGCGCCCAGUCUGAAGCUGUUCUGCUUCUACGGUGUGGGCAAGCCGGUGGAGCGGGGAUACACCUACGGCGAAAACCUGCCAAUGGAAGACAACGUCACGGUGAACGGCAAGCGUGUGGCGCCUUACGUGUUCAACACCGAUGUCGACGAUCUUCCGUAUGUGAAGGACGGUCUCCGGUAUUCAGACGGUGAUGGCACCGUUCCUCUGGUGUCGCUGGGACUCAUGUGUGCCAGUGGCUGGCGCUCCAAGAAGUACAACCCGGGCGGUGUCGAUGUGCGCGUCCGCGAGUACAGGCACAACCCCGUUUCCAUUUUGUUCGACGCUCGUGGAGGCCCCGAGACAGCCGACCACGUCGAUAUCAUGGGUAACCACGGCCUCAUCCGAGAUGUUCUGCUGGUUGCAGCCCGCGCGUACGAUCGUGUUCCUGAAAACAUCACGUCCAGCAUCGUGGACAUCGCGGAACGCGUUGGUGAACUGUAGUUCUUGCUACUAAAACUACAUAGUACUGCUCUGGUCUAAAUAGCCUGUCUAAAUAGCCUGGGAGCUUUUAAGCUUAAAAGUGUGUGAAUGGUGUUGUUGUUGCACAGGAAAAGAGAUCGCGUGUUGUGCGAACUCAAGCAUUCAUGGCCCAUGUGCUGUGUGUAGUUCAAUCAAUACAGCCCCCCCCCCCCCCUGCUCAGCCUAGCGUCAACUCGGGUGCCACUGUUGAGCCUGGGGCUAUUCCGGGGUUGGGCGCCUCUUCACUGCUUCUCCGACCGUUAUAACUGUGCCUGCUUGUGAGCAGCCCGCCCAGGUCCUUCCUUGAUCGCGGUCUUUGGCAACAUGGGCGGAAUGGGGCGCAAGAAGCUCGGCGUCGUGAGCCUGGCGCUCAUCACGUACUUCAACGUGAGCGGCGGGCCGUGGGGGUCGGAGCCCAUCGUCGCGGCCUGCGGGCCGCUGGUCGGAAUCUUGGCGACGCUCGUGUUCCCCUUCAUCUGGUGCCUGCCGCUGGCCUUGUCGUUCGCCGAGCUCUUCUCGGCCUUCCCGACGGACUCGAGCUUCUGCACGUGGGUGGGCAAGGCGUUCGGCCGGCGCAUGGGCUUCCAGGUCGGCUACUGGUCGUGGGUGGCCGGCGUCAUCGACAACGCCAUCUACCCGUGCCUGAUGGUGGAUUCCGUCUACGCGGUGCUGUCGGGGCCGCACGAGCUGCACUCCUUCAUGGUCCCGACGUGGAUGUACCUCGUCCGGGUGACGGUCGCGACGGUGUUCAUGCUGCCGACCAUCUUCAGUAUCGACGCGGUGGGGCGCUUCCUGCUGGUGCUCGGCCUGGCCAUGGUGGCCCCGUUCGUCGUGCUGGUCGUGGUGAGUAUGCCGCAGAUUGAUCCGGCCAACUGGUUCGUCGUCAGUGCCGCCCCGCACUGGAGCCAACUCGUGAGUGUCCUGUACUGGAGCUACAGCGGCUUCGACGCGGCCGGGGCCUACGCGAGCGAGAUCGACUCGCCCCGACAGACUUACCCUCGGGCCAUGAUGCUCACAGUCGGGCUGGUGGCCCUCACCUACUCGGUGCCGUUCCUCGCGGCCUCGGGCGUGAAUAAACCGCCCUACAGCUUGUGGAGGGACGGGUACUACCCGAUGAUCGCCGAGAAGAUCUCGGGCCCGGGGCUGCGCACGUGGUUCCUCGGCUGCGCGCUGCUCGGCAACCUGGGCGUGUACAUCGCCAAGAUGACCAAGAACGGCUUCCUCCUCGCGGGGAUGGCGGACCUGGGCCUCGCUCCGAACUACUUCAUCAAGUAAGUACGUUCCGUUCUCGAGCCUUCAUGGCCUCCUGUAUAACUUGACUCUGAUCCUUGCUGCCCCCUCCUGACAGACGCACAGCAUCGAACGGAGUCCCGCGCCGGGCCAUCUUGCUGUCGUACGGCAUCAUUGUCUUCAUGGCGCUCUUCGACUUCAACGUCAUCCUCGGAGUGGACAACUUCCUGUCCUCGCUGGCCUGCGUCACGGAGCUCUGCGCCGUGGUGCGGCUACGGUUCACCAUGCCCACACUCGUGCGGCCAUACAAGGUCAAUAUCUCGGACCGAGGGCUGCUCCUGACCAUGGCCAUCCCAUUCUCCAUCGGCUCCUUCGUGAUGCUCAACGAGCUGACCAAGUCGACGCUGAGUUUGGUGUUGAACGUCAUCGCGCUGGCCAGCGGCUUGGUCUGCCAGCAAUUCCUGAGGAACCCUCCGGCCUCAGUGUACACACCUCUGGCCGCUGCCAUCCAGCUCGAGUUGGGCACUCCAGCGCCAGGAGGAACCUUUGGAGUCGUCACCCCUGCGUCUCCGACAGUGCUGCUAGAACAGGAGACGGCGCAACGCAAAGGCGUAUAGCGAUGAGGGGUGGCCAGCUAACGUUAGAUGUAGAACUACCGUGGGCGAGUCGAGCUUAUGAAAUCUAUUGACACUUGCUGCGGUGUCAAAACGCCAAUCUGCCAUGCAACUCCCUAUUGUCCCGUGUUAUUUUCGCUUCGCUUCCUCCCUCCAGCUCUUGCCGUCAGCUACGUUGCUGGUACUUGGCACAGGUACGAUACACCACGCUGCUCGCGACUUCCAGUUUUCUUUACGCUCGACUUGCUCUGCGCUCCUUCAGAUGGGAUACAUGCAGGCAGAGCAACGUGUACAAACAAACGCGAUCUCUCUACGGUUGUGCCGUGUCC